CGGAGGAUUCGGAGCCUUUCGACAGUAUCGGAGCCUCCCCUCCUCAAGCGCAGCAGCUCCGCGCUCUGCCUCAGCCUUCGAUUCGAGCGGUCAGUACUCAGCACCCUCUCCCGCCGCCGCCGCCGCGGCGCCAACAUGAAGGCCAUAGGGAACGGCGGGGAGUGGUGGUGGAACCUCCCGUCUCUCCGCCGCAAGUCCGACUCCCGCCGCCGCGGCCGCCGCAACACGGACCCCCGCGGCCGCCGCCGCGGUCCCCCACGGGAGCCGCUCUCGUCGUCCUCCUCCUCCUCGGAGUCCAUCGAGCAGGGCCGCGGCUGGCCCAUCGAAUUCCCCUUCAGGCAGGCUGUCACGGCGGCCUCUCUCACCUUCACCGGCGACACCAUCGCGCAAGUCCGCAGCCGCAUCGUCGACCGCCGAAGAUGCUGUGCCGAUUCCGACACUAAGGAACUCAUACCAGACAUAUUGCUGAACCAUGAUUGGAUUCGUGCACUUCGUAUGGCUUCCUAUGGAUUUCUUCUUUAUGGUCCAGGUUCAUACGCAUGGUAUCAGCUCCUUGAUCGGUGCAUGCCCAAGCAGACGUUUGUAAAUUUGUCUGCUAAGGUCAUCUUGAACCAGAUCGUGCUUGGUCCUUGUGUUAUUGCUGUAAUUUUUGCUUGGAACAACUUGUGGUUGGGGAAACUUUCAGAACUCCCAGCCAAAUAUCAAAAUGAUGCCCUUCCUACGCUUCUAUAUGGGUUUAAGUUUUGGAUUCCUGUAUCAAUUGUCAACUUUUGGGUGAUUCCUUUGCCUGCUCGUGUCGCCUUCAUGUCCUCUUGUUCCAUUUUUUGGAACUUUUAUCUGUCGACCACGAUGAGCAAAUGAAACCUCCAGUUGUCAGAGCUGCCUACCUAUCUGGAACUUUCCGCUGAACAAUCUGACAUGGACCCUGAUACUCAUACUCUGAUAGGGGUGCAAAAUUUAUGAAAUUUUGCUCAGGUUGGAUGGAUUCGCUAAACAGAGGAGCAUCUGAAUGAGUUAGUUCAUCAGGCACAACAGUGUUGUAAGGUCUGUCCUUGGACAGUCCUAGUGGUGUAGUGACAUUAAACUGUGAGGCCUUACUCAGAUGUUGUUGACCAUAAGGUCAAUGGAGGGUGUGCGGUUUUGUCUAAUCGUGAAUGGAGCAUUUGGCUCCAAUUUGACUUCGAAAAUGGAGUUGAGUUUGUUACGUGGGAUGUGUAUUGUGCUAUUGUAUUAGCAAACUUAUCGGUUUCCCUGACCAGACCAACUAUCAUGGAAUCAAAGACAGUUGAACUGAA